GGCGCGGCCGGUUCCUUUCGCCUGUGUGAGGGCGAGCGAUCUGCUGUGCUUCCCCCCCUCCCCGGCUGGGAAAAGGGGGUGCCCCUGCCUUCCCUGAGGGGAAUUGUGUGUCCCCUUACCUCCCCUGACCCUCAGUCCUGCGGCAGUAAUCCUGAUGUUAACUAUUUCACCGUUGAAUCAUUGUACCAGUAAGAAGAAGAUAAUGACACCAGAACAGAGUCCAGUGAAUUCCCUCAUCGACAGGACCAUCAAGAUGAGGAAAGAGACUGAAGCCCGGAAAGUGGUCUUGGCCUGGGGACUCCUUAAUGUGUCUGUUGCGGGCAUGAUAUAUACUGAAAUGACUGGAAAACUUAUAAGCUCGUAUUACAACAUCACAUACUGGCCACUCUGGUAUAUUGAACUUGCAUUUGCAUCUCUGUUCAGCCUGAAUGCCUUAUUUGAUUUCUGGAGGUACUUCAAAUACACAGUGGCACCGACGAGCUUGGUCAUGAGUCCUGGCCAGCAGACCCUGCUGGGGUUGCAGAAUGCAGCGGUACAAACAACUCCACCACGUGAGCUGGCAGCAAAGAAAGUCCCGUCUUCGACACCUUCUCCUCCGAUCCAGGGUCAAAGCGUGUUGAGUUACAGCCCGUCCCGCUCCCCCAGUGCCAGUCCAAAGUUUACUACCAGUUGUAUCACAGGGUACAGCCCUCAGUUACAGCCUCUGUCAAGCAACAGCGCUUCUUACGGCAGUGCUGUAACCUACUCACCAAGCAGCAGCUACAACAAGGUUUCCAGCUUCAGCCCCUCUCCUGGUGGAUCACCGUACCCUAUGAGUAUUGGACCAGUGGAAAGCGGUGGGCUAAGGUCUCGUUACCGCUCUUCACCCAUUCACUAUAAUUCUCCCACUGGCAAAGAAGACUAUAUGACAGAGCUCAAGUCACUGGACACCUUCCUUCGAAAUGAAGAAGAGAAACAGCACAGAGUUCAACUAGGAAGUUCAGAUUCCAGCUCUCCUUCCAGCAGCCCAACUUUUUGGAACUACAGCCGUUCCAUGGCAGACUACGCACAGAUGCUGAGAAAGUUCCAGUAUCAGCUGGCUUGCAGGUCCCAGGCUCCAUCUGCACACAAGGACGAAGCUGAUCUGAGCUCAAAACAGGCUGCAGAAGAGGUCUGGGCACGGGUGACAAUGAACCGGCAGCUCCUUGAUCACAUGGAUUCCUGGACCGCUAAGUUCAGAAACUGGAUUAAUGAGACUAUUCUGGUGCCACUUGUCCAAGAGGUCGAGUCUGUGAGCACUCAGCUGAGAAGAAUGGGGUGUCCAGAAUUGCAGAUCGGAGAAGCCAGCAUCAGCAGUCUGAAGCAGGCAGCGCUCGUUAAAGCUCCGCUCAUUCCAACCCUGAACGCUAUAGUGCAGUAUUUGGAUCUUACACCAAACCAGGAGUAUUUGGUAGAAAGAAUCAAAGAGCUUUCUCAGGGCGGAUGCAUGAGUUCAUUCCGAUGGAACAGAGGAGGGGAUUUCAAAGGCCGCAAGUGGGACACCGACUUGCCCACCGACUCCUCUAUCAUUAUGCAUGUAUUCUGCACUUACCUCGACUCCAGGCUGCCGCCUCACCCCAAGUAUCCCGACGGCAAAACCUUCACUUCCCAACACUUCAUUCAGACACCAGAUAAACCAGACACUUCAAAUGAAAACGUGUUUUGCAUCUACCAAAGCAGCAUCAAUCCGCCCCACUACGAGCUGAUCUACCAGCGCCACGUCUACAACCUACCCAAGGGCAGAAACAACAUGUUCCAUACCUUGCUUAUGUUUCUGUAUAUCAUAAAGACAAAAGAAUCCGGCAUGCUGGGGCGUGUCAAUCUUGGUUUAUCGGGAGUCAACGUUCUGUGGAUUUUUGGAGAGUAACAUCUCCAGCGGGAUGCCGGUUCAGAGGAACGAUGCUCCUCUGGCAAGAUGAACUGAGCGACACCAUUACAUUGUUGACUUAAACGCGGACUUACUAUGAAACGGGAUAAUUUAAGCUCUUCUUUGUGGGAGGAGGGGAAGUGUUUGUAACUCCUGUGCAGGUUUUGUGAUGAUAUUAUUUAAAACAUUUCACGGUCAAAACGCUACUACAUAUGAACACCAGGCGGGUUUUCUUUUUCCGGCUCCUCACCUGAACGAACCCUGUUCAAAAAGCCGUUUGCUGUUUCUCUUCCACGGAUCUGUCAGUGCCGUCACCGCUUAACUGAUCUUGGGACUAAACUCCAACGCCUUGGAGGGCUGGAAGAGCCCUCCCGAGGUUGUGCACAGCCGCCAGCGAGCCAUCGCUUGGAAAGAUACAGCAAUUUGGCCAACUUUGGGAUGCAAGAAAUUCCAGAUAGGCACGAGAAGAGCCAAGCCAAAAAGUUUAGACUCAUUUUGGUUCAUUUUAUUAUGAUAAGAAAAAGGUUAUUUUUUUAUCCCUGGCUGUUGGUGUAAUUGGGUUUUCUGACCCCACAAAAAGGUGUGAAGGAAAGAGAAAACCAUGUUUGACUUGCUGGUUUCAGUAAGUAAGAUUUUUAUUUUUAUUUUUUUGUACAAAGUAAGCAUGCCACCCAACAUUGGCAGUCUUGCGAGCUCUGAAAUACCGGGUGCCUUUGGUACAACCACAGUGUUACCCUGCCUUUGCUUUUUAAUUGAUUUUUACGGCUCCCGUCAGCUUUUUUUGCUAAUAACCUCUUAUUUUGGGAGCCUUACGGACUGCCACAUGGCUUUCAGCACCUCGGCGAGAGACCCGGCUGUAUAAACCGGUGGACUUUUUAAGUCCCCGCUUUUGGGGAUGUACCUUUUGGGAGGAAAAAAACACUUGGAUUUCUUUCAAAGAAGAGGUCAUUCGAUAUUUGCUGAAAACCUUUUUAUAUAAAGGAAGAAUCUGUUGUAAAUUCUGACAAAUGAGGGUUUUAGAAGUGUAUAUAGUUAGUUUUAGUAGUUAGUUAUUUUUUUAAAGAGGGGUAAAAAUUCCUAAGCCCCAAGAUGCUGAAGAUAUUUAUGAGCUGAAGACAAGGGUGAACAACAUCGUCGUAAACUUGUACAUCUAAGACAUGAGAAUUACCCUGGCUUGUUGCCGGGGGCAAGAACACCACGUAUUUUGUUACAAUAAUGUAUUUUUGUACUGUAUUUUUUACUGCCGGCCUCAGGCACGCACUGCCGGGAGGGAAAAAGAGGAAUUUUCUGUGCUCAGGGCGAGGUGUGCUCGCUUUUUUAUCUCUGGGAGGGAGCUGCUAUUUUUUGGUGCGAACCGACUGUUACUGUCGACUCCGUUUCCCCGGGGAGGUGCAGGGUUUUUCUGAAGGGACUGAUAACAAAAUGGCUCAUUUGGUUCCCGUAUUAAAUGAGUUCGUUUUAUUAAA